AUGCAGAGGCAAGCGUCCAACGACGCGAAUAGCUCUUCCGCAACGCUUCAAAAGCCCAAGAAGAAGACAAUCCAGAAGACUCGUCGACCUAAAUCGUCCACCAGCCCGUUCGAUAGGCCAGUGCAAUCAUUGCCAACGACCGGUGUCUUUGGAGUGAAUGGCGAGCCCGAUUUUUGUGCCGUUCGUAACCCGGAGCAUGUCAAAGCAAACCAAUUGGAGGGUCUCAAUAGGCAACCAAUCACCACAGGACCACGUACCGGCUGUGCUCAUCCUGCGACGCCCGCCUUGGACAUACCUGGACCAGUUGGCCAUUAUGUGUCAUCACUGCCUCGAGACCCUUAUAUUAUCCAAGGGCACCAUGAUUCUCUACACAUUAUUAGCUCCCCCACUCCAAGUCACCAGCCGUCUACCCUCCCCGCCACUGCGUCCCCCCAAGCCGUCACUGGCGCCGUCGAGUCUCAGUCCCCUUUCCUCCUCAAUUCUCCAUCUACUCACGUCUUGUCUGCAUUCCCUGUUCCACCGGAGAUCGUGCCGUCGUCAUCUACCAGAAAUCCUAUGGAUACCUCCUUCCAAACCCAAGGUGGUCGCACCCAAAAGCUAGAAAAAGAUUUGCAAAUGCGCACCAAUUCUCUCGACACCAGUGCCGGUGAGACAGUGUCGCAAGGCCUUCCUGUCCCAAUGUUCCAACCAGACUCUCCAGUUGUUUUCGGUGGAUCCCGUUCGGGAAUAUCGGCCGCUUAUAUGAAGGGGGACUAUACCAUCUAUAGUCCACAAGGUACUGGGAGGUACCCAAACCUUGGUAUUCAAGGACAACAGCCAGUUCAGAGGCGCCCUGUGCCGAGCGCUCGAAAUACCCUUGCUGGACAUUUUCUACAACAAGUCCCGCAGCCAGUGAUGUUCUAUUCCGUCGUAGGGAGGACAUCCACCCCAGAGAGAUCACCCCCACCGAUGCAGCUGCCUCUUUCGAUGACGCCCCAAACCAUACUCCCUAUGCCGCCUAGCACGCGCCCAAAUACAUCAACGUGUCGUUGCUCUCAAGUUGAUAUGGAUGCCACUGGCUUUCAUCAUCGUUGUUCUUCCUUUUCCGGGGUCGUUUAUCAACCUCCUUCAGCAUCCGACAGUCUUCGGACCGCUAGUUCGACAACGGCGGUCCCCACACCCCUUACCAGAGCGGAAGAACUUUCGAAGCAAGUGCAGCAAGCGGCGAGAGAGACCUGGAUAAGUUGGUUAGAGCGACUUGAUCAGAUACCACGCACCUCCGAGAACAUGCGACCACUCCGAGAGACCAUGGACCGGAUCCAAAACAGUAUACAAGGACUACAAGUUCCUUUCACACGGGAGAGCAUGACUCUUCUUGCUGACCUCGUCUAUUGGAUCCAGACGACUGAAGGCGAAGAGGCCGUCCACAUCUUGGAAGAACAACUGAGGAUUUAUGCUGGAAAUAACGAGGAGUUCAUCAUCAAGAUUGUGAAAAAGAUACGCACGGAGUUGGAGCUUGGCAAGAGGUUCUUGGGAGUUGUUCUCGAGACGCCAGUGACGACGGGCUCAAAGCCGGCAUUUUUGUCCCCGCCAACAUUGCCUAAGAACUGUCUACUUGUGUUGAGAAAAGUAGAUCCGAACAUUGGAGUUACACAGCGGAAGAUGCCAGCUCUUGGGGGCCUGAUUCUUCGCUGUGGUGGUAUCGACUGUUCAUACUGUUCGAAAACGACGGAGGGUGAAACCAAGUACUGGCGAACAAAGCAAGAUGCUCUAGAGCAUUUAUCCUCAUGCUUGCUUGAGGGCAAGACCCCAUGGAAGUGUCCAGCAUGCCCUCAUUACAUCAAGACGAAGGAGAAUUUGUACCGCCACAUGGAGACCAGACAUUACCUCCCAAGGCGGUCAAGGAGUAGGAGAGAGCCUGCACGUUCUCCGGUGCCGCGCGACACCUUUUUACCUUCUUGUCAUACUCCGGCGUCUCUCGCUCAACCUGCACCCACUGUGGCUCAGCAUCACCAACAAUUGGAAGAACAGACUCCCGGGGGGUGCCCCCGCACUCACCGUCAAAAUUCGAUACCGUCCUCGUCCCCAUUAAUACGGACCGUUCAAAUUCGUGAUAUCGAUGCGAGUAGAGUCGUGGUGGGCGGGCAAACUGGUGGUCUCGAAGGUGGUGGGGGUUUAAGUGGCUGGCCAUUGUCCCCACAGAUACAAAGGCACCCCCUCGACUACGCGCAUCCGCCCCAAGAUAUCGCAGGCUGGGAUCAUAACUUGGGAGCAUCUGUCUUUUGGAAUCAAAAUCCCUCACCCUUGUUGACGAUGUUCAAUGUUCCAGCGCAGUCCACAGACCAGCCCGCCCCUCCUCUCCCACCGAGCGGUCCAUUACCAGCCACCACGACAGGCAGUUAUGACACACUUCCCAUGCAAGCUUCAGCUGUACCCAACCUUACACCUGCAAGUCCCACGCAGGUCGUGGUGAACGGGUUGUUUAACUAUGACCCGUUUCGGGUCCGCCUAAAGACAAAACGACCCAUCUCAAAACAAAACCAAGUCCUCUUGGUGGAGGCUGGUGCUUCGCUUUUGUAUGGCCCAGGCUUUCGAGAAUGUCUUUUGUGGUCCCCACCAAUAAAGAACAUUGUCACAAGUCUGGAAACCGUUCUUCAUGCGCCUUUAUCCCAAUUUGCUUCUGAUUCCAACUCAUACAUGUCGCCCUCUAAUACGGCCUCCACGACAUACUUGCCUUCCCACUGCUCAUCGGUUCCUGUGAGGACUGCUUGGGAAGUAUCCUUCACCGUAGAGUGA